AGGAUCAUGUAGGAAUGCCCUCUCUUCCAAUUCCUUAGCUCAGUAAGUGUAUAACUACUCUGUAGAGGCCUCAGUGCUAGGAGACAUUGUGGCGCUUACAAAAACUCUUGCCAGGAAGUUCCUGCCUUCCAAGGACCUUUCUUAAAGUGUAAGUACAGAUAAAUUCCUCUUCAUUAGCACUUUUUCUCCCUAGAUUAAAUAGCCUUGAAAUCCAUCGAAUACUUAUUGUCUCCUAAAGAAUAAGAUGUUUCAUAAAGUCUAUUUAAGUCUUUGAUUUUAAUCAUCUCCAAAUCUGAGUGUCUACUUAUUAAUCCUGUUAUGUGACUGAGAAUCUUUUUUGACAUCAUAGCUGUUGCAUAGCAACUUUGACCCAAGUGAAUGAUGAGCUCCUUUCUCGUUCUGUGGGGUUGGGGGGACUGGACUGAGAGUCAGGAAGAAUUAUAUAUCCUCUCCCCCAGAAUAUAUCUUCGGUACCCUUAGGAAGGAAGAGUGCCUAGAAGUGGGAGAGGAGCUGCAUUUAACAUCGCCUGUCUUGCUGCUAAGCAUUGAUUCUAAAAGCCCAUUUGGCCCUUGCCUUCGUGAAUUUUCAUUUCUUUUUAAAAUUCCUUACACACUUUACAAAGUGUUUUCAUGUACAGUUUAUCACUUUUGAUGCUCAAAGUGACCUUCCUGAAAUAGGCAAGGAGGUCUUAAUUUACAAAGGAGGAAACAAAUUCAGGAAGGGUAAAUCACUUGCCUCUCAGUCCAGAGUUCUUAAUCCUUUUUAUAGAAGGUUUAGGAGCAUUUAAAGUUAAUAAUAACUUAAUUCAAGUUAAUCCUCUCUUUUUUUUUUUUAGACUUGGUAUUUGAUUUCUUAUUUGGGCAGAUUUAGCUGGUAUUUUGAAACCUUUGAAUUCAGAGCCUACAAUUUGGAGGGGAGGGGAAAGGGUGAGGAAUGGUACAGCCUUACUAUACAUUGAGGUAAUUUGGAAAUUCACUUCAGCUUCUGAAGUCUUUUCAUCUUUGUUUCCCAAGAGGUGGACUUAAAUGCAUUAAAAGGAUGGGAAAAGAAUGAAGACUGGUAAGGUGGUUGUUAACAAGUAGUGAUAGUAAAGCAACAACCUUGUGACAUUUUUUCUGCCGUGUGGCCUCACCUGUUAAUAAGGACUGGACUUUUAUUAAGUUGUAUUGUUUUAUUGACAAUGCAUGCAUCAUAUCUUUCGACUUUGAAGGCUAUCUCAUGUCGAAGGAAUUAAAUUACGUUGCGGAGGAUUUAGCUGGAACACGUCGGGUGUUGGCUGAGGGUGGUGAAAUGCCUACUAAGACAUGAAGACUUUGGCCACUAGUUUCAUCCUUGGGAACCUGGUGUUGGCCUUCUGUCUCCCUUUGGUGGUGACUUUACCUAAAACACUGGCCAUUCCUGAGAAACUGCAAGAAGCUGUGGGGAAAGUUAUUGUCAAUGCCACAACCUGUACUGUCACCUGUGGCCUUGGCUAUAAGGAGGAGACCGUCUGUGAGGUGGGCCCUGAUGGAGUGAGAAGGAAGUGUAAGUCUCAGCGCUUGGAAUGUCUGACCAACUGGAUCUGUGGAAUGCUCCAUUUCACCGUUCUCAUAGGGCAGGAAUUUAAGCUGAGCUGUCUGAGUUCAGACAUCCUGGAGGUUGGACAGGAAGCUUUCCGAUUCACCUGGAGACUUGCUCGGGGUAUCAUCUCAACUGAUGAUGAAGUCUUCAAACCCUUCCGAGCCAGUUCCCACUUUAUAAAGUUUCAGUCCGCUCAGGAGUAUGACUCUGGGACCUACCGGUGUGACGUGCAGCUGUUAAAGAACUUGAGACUUGUCAAGAGGCUCUAUUUCGGGCUGAGGGUCCUUCCUCCUGACUUGGUGAACCUGAAUUUCCAUCAGUCCCUUACUAAGGAUCAGAAGUUAGUAGAUGAGGGCCUGGAAGUGAAUCUGGACAACUAUUCCAGGCCUCAGCGCCCACCGUGGAAAAAGAAGGUGACCAUAGCUGUGGGGAUAGGAAUUGCCAGUGGUGUGACUGGUGGCGUGUUGGUGAGCAUCGCCCUGUGCGGUGCACUGAGGGUGAUCCACAGCAGUGCCAUCCUUGAGACCUGACAAACCUUGCUGCCGAAGGGCUGGCUGCUCAGGAAGCCAAACUAGCUUUUCAGGGGAGUGUUCUGCCUGCCGGAUUGUGGAUUAACUAAGGGGGGGGGCUUCCACUACCACAGGAGUGAGUGGGGGUUGUGAUGCGGGGCAACAUCAUGGUAGCUGUGGGCAAUAUUCCCUAACUCUGUGUCCCAGAUGGAUCUCUUCCAGAUCUUCCCUGCCCACUAGGUACCCAGGAAACCUGACUGCAGGCAUCUCCCUGCUCCUGGGAAGAGUUCUGUCUUCCAAGUUUGCAUUCAUUUUCUACCCUUUACAACUUGUAUGCCUCCCUACCUUGAUCUCCCUUCCGAGCAGUAUAAUCGUGUAGAAGGAUAUAAUAGCUUUUCUAGUGAAAGUGUUUUUUUCCUCUUCAAUAAAAACAAUUCCCAGUAGCUGUAUGGAAACCUAACCUUUUCUGCCCUUUAGUUUAAAAUUUCUUGCAGUUGUUUAAAUUGUCCCAUAAUCAGUCUGGUUUGGGGUUAAACUUACACCAGCGUUUUUAGAAUAGACAUUGAACAUAUCGCUUUGUUGGGGGCGUAUGCCCAUGUGUGGCAGAGCCGAGGGUGUUAGUAAUGACUUCUGACUCAGGUAUGUAAGAGACAGUCACUAAAUGUUAAUAAAUUAUUUGCACCCCUUAUACACUCCCAGGUGAAACCUUUGUGCUCAGUGCUAAGUUGAAUUCCUGGUGAAACACUGGAUUCUUCAGCUGGUAGAUUGCCCCUGAACAGUUCCUAGGCUUGCUCCCUGUUCCUGUCCUUCUAGCUCUUUCAGUGCCCUGAAGCUUGUGCUGCUGGAGGUUUCUUACAGCAGCCAAGGCCCCUUAACGGAGGACUAGUACCUUCCUUCCUCAACAGGAAAACCAAUCUUAAGACCUUCAGAGGCCAUUCAGACUGUGUCUGAGAUAAUUGCCUUGGCUUGUGGAACUAUCAGGGAAAUUGCUCUUGGGCCGCCAGCUGAGCUAAUUCUAUAUGAGAUAAUUAGCAUUUCUUCCCCUCACUUUUUUCUCAGCACAGAGGAAGUAGCAGAAACAAGACUUGGACCAGUGGUUAUCUUCUCUGGCCGUGUGUCUGAAUCACCCGAAUGAGCUUUUGAAAAAUAAGAUUCCUGAGCCCUAACCUGAGGAUGCUAAUUCAAUUUAAAUUAUGACCAGUGGAUCUCUGUUAUUUCUUCUAUUUUAUAUAUAAAAAUAAAGUCCAACCCAUAGAAAAGUUGAAAGAAAGGUUUGAUGACAUCCACAGACCCUUUAACUGGAUUCACCGAUUGCAAACGUUUUGCUCCAGUUCUCUUCCUCUCUAAAUACAUAUUGAUUUUAUGUGAAGCACUUGAAAGCUAGUCACAGACAUUGUGACCUUUUACCCCUAAAUCAUGUAUGCAUUUCCUAAUAAGGACGUUCACCUGUAUAACUACAAUGACUUCAUCAAACUAACAGUUUCCUAAUCUUACAAAUAGUUGAUACUUCGUUUCUCCCAAUUUCUAAAAUCUUAGAACUUUUAACUUGAUGUUUGAUCUAGGAUCAAAUGAAGGUUCACGUAUUACAUUUGAUUAUUAUUUCUCUUAAGUCUUAUUUUACAACAGAUCCCCUACUUUUCUUUUUUUCAUGACAUUCAUAUUGAAGAGGCCAUUUGUCUUGCAUAGUGUCCCACAAUUAUUUCCUCAUGAGUAGAUUCCUGAGGAAUGAAUCUUAAACAUUUUUGACAAGAGCCCAGCGAAAAUAAUAUGUACUUAUUGCAUGACCUCGGGAGGCACAAUGUCAGGGUGACCCAUGGUUGAUGCUAAGCUUGAUCGUUUGGUUAAGGUGGUGACUGCCAGAUCUCUCCAGUUGGACCUGUAUAUGUUUUCCUUUUGUAAUCUGUGGGGUGAUGCUUUGUGAUUAUCUGGUUUCUAAAAAACGUUCACAAGCGUUUUAGAAUCCAUUCAUGGUCUUUGCCUUAUUAUUACGUGCUGGGGAUUGCAAAAUGAUGGAUUCUUUAAAUUCAUUUUUGUAUUUAUUACCCUGCAUUUUUCUGUAAAGAAAUGCUAUUCUUUUUAUUCUU